AUGCAUAAAUCAACUACAGUCUUACUACAGGUAGCUCAAGCCAGCGCGGUGAUCGAGGAGCGCCCCCUGCCCGUCCUUGGUGAUAAUGAAUCCCUCGUCAAGGUCGAGGCCGUCGCGCUGAAUCCGUACGACUGGAAGAUGCUGUACGGUCGAACCCCGCCUGUCCCAACGGUUCUCGGGUGCGACUUUGCUGGCGUUGUGGAAGCUGUGGGAGCACAUGUUUGCUCUGUGAAGCCUGGUGACCGCGUGGCAGGAAUGACGAUGGGAGGGAACACUUUGAGACCGCAAGACGGGGCCUUUGCUACUUAUCUGGUUGCGCCGACGCAUGCGCUGCUACACCUGCCAGAUGACAUGUCUUUUGAGAAUGGCGCGACUUUGCCGACUCCGGUUUUCACGGCGGGAUUCUGUCUGUAUCACCAAUUGUCUUUGCCCUAUCCUGACAGGGAUGCGGUCUUUAAUGGGAACGCGCCGACUCUGCUCGUGUACGGAGGCGCAACUUCGAUAGGCCUGAUGCUGAUUCAGAUGGCGAAAUUGACAGGAAUGAGGGUCCUCACAGUCUGUUCUCGCCAAAGUGCUCAUCUUGCGGAGGCCUUUGGCGCUGACGCUGUCUUCGACUAUAGCGAUCACAACUGCGAAAACGACCUGCGUAACGAAACAGGCGGCAACAUUCAGUACACCGUCGACUGCAUUUCCGACCACCAAUCGGCAGCCAUCUGCGCAGCUGCAAUGGGUUGCAAAAGUGGCUUCUACAUCAGUCUCACGGCAAAUGGGCCUACAAUAAAUGCUCGAGAUGUCCAAACCAUCAAGAUUGUUGGCUUCACUAUUCUGGGACGUGAGUUUUCUUUUGGAUUCAAGGGGGUUGCGUCUCCUGUAGUUGAAGAGGACGUGGCUUUCGCUACCCAGUUCGCCGUCCUCAUCGAGCAGUUCUUUUCAGACGACAAGAUCAAACCUCUACGAGCUGAAGUGAGGGUUGAAGGUUUGAGUGGAAUAGUGUCCGGACUCAAUGAUCUCAGAGAAGGCAAAGUACACGGAAAGCGGCUGGUCUACCAAACAGCAUGA